GCCUGGCAGUAACAAGGGAUCCACAGUGCCGGGCAGCUGCACAGACACUCACACAGAUACACACACAGACACACAGGCCCUUGAUUCUCCCAGUCUCUGCCCGACGUGAGAAGCUGACGGUGCGGGGAAGCUGCGUAUAUACAUUCUGCGUCAUACUGUUGUUAAGGGAACCGGUGAAGAUGCCGCCCGGGUUCACUGCGGUAUUGAUGGCGGGGUUGGUGGCGUUGGCUGGUGGAGAGCUCAUGGAGGUGGAUGACUCGAGCUGGUGGCAGUCGUGCAAGAGUCCGGUGUGCUCCGUGGCCGAGACGCAGGCGGAGGGGCUGGCGCGGCUGAGGGUGCUGAGCAACUACAUCAAGGAAACGAUGACGCUGAUGGGCACGGUGAUCGCCUCUCUAGACAACGAGAUGGUGGAGGUGGGCCAGGAGCUGCGUGACAUCGUGGGGCGUCGCUGCCAUGCCCGCGGACACACUGCCCUCAUUACCCUCGUCUCCAACUCGAACUCAGCAGCUCAGGCUGAGAGUGGAAAUCUUGAAGUCAUUAGCGAUAACGACGACUCCUGGGCAUCCGGCAGCGCCAUCACACAGGAAUCAACCUCGGAGUGGGCCAAUGAAGUUGAUGUAGUGAGUGGUUCCUCCAGCACCACCUCCCACCGGCCCAGCAGCACAUCCCACAGCACCUCGCACAGCACCUCUCACAGCACCUCGCACCGCCCCAGCAGCACAUCCCAUAGCACCUCACACGCCUCACAGACCCAAACCGCCGCUUCCAGCACAGGCAGUUGGCGCGGAGUCUCUCAGUACCCGAGCCCCAGCACCUCCCAGUCUAGUUCGCAGCACCACGGCGGCGACUUGCAGAGCAGUAGCACCACCACCACCACGCACGGCCACGGGAAGACGCUCCACCACAGACCCAGCAGCACCCUGAAGAGAUAUGAGGCGGAGGAGUCUGAAACCGUGUAUGUGCCCCCUGCGGUGCCUGGGACGGAGGACUGGCAAGGAGGACAAGGAGGAGGCCGAGGAGGAGGACAAGGAGGAGGCCGAGGAGGAGGACAAGGAGGAGGCCGAGGAGGAGGACAAGGAGGAGGCCGAGGAGGAGGAGGACAAGGAGGAGGCCGAGGAGGAGGACAAGGAGGAGGCCGAGGAGGAGGAGGACAAGGAGGAGGCCGAGGAGGAGGGCAAGGUAGGGGUCAUGGCUGGGGAAAAAGUCAUGGUGGUGGUCAGGGUCUUGGGCAAGGUCAAGGUCAAGGUGGUUUAGUCUCCCUAACACUUGGCUCGUCAGGCUGCCGCGGCGUGCCUGUCGGGUCGCCGCAUUACGUGCCCGGCCUGGACGUCUGGUGCGCGUCAAACUGUCCUGCUGGUAACUGUCCUGCCACCCACUGUGUCUGUUAGUAAGGAACAUGGCUGUGUUUCACGGUGAAGCGGGCAUUUAAACUUACAACGUGACAACUAGGAGGAUAAUGUACAGCAAUCAUAUAAUCAUACUAUCAUGAUAUGUAAGACUCAUGAGGGGAUGCAUUAAAAGCUUGAAUAAUC